UACUGGGAUUAUCCUAGGCGAGCGAAAAAGAAAAACCGUGAUCGAGGGGCCCCGAUCCGCUAGCCACGAUCGAGCGACGGUUUACCGGCGGCCUCAUCCAAUCGAAAACGAUCAUGAUAUUCACAAUUUUGUGCAGCUUCGUCAUCGGACGAUCCAUCGCUUCGCCGCUCGCUAAUGUUUGGCUAAGUCCGAUACCAGCCCUUUCGCCGUUAAGACAGUACCACAUACAAGAUGGAUCGGGAUCUUAUCAAUAUUCUUUCACGGGGCCACAUCACGCCAAAGCGGAAACUACCUUAAAUGGCGUCACGCAGGGUGGAUAUUCCUACAUUGACGCAAAUGGAGUUUUGCAAACGGUCUCGUAUACGGCGGAUGAUAAGAAUGGAUUUAGAGUCAGCGCGAGCAAUCUGCCGCAACCACCAAGGGAUGAAUUGCAAACUAUACAGGACACACCAGAAGUGGCCGCGGCGAAGAAAAAUCAUCUUGAAGAAUUGCAGAAGUCGCAUCAGACCAAUUGGCAAGAUCAGAAUCUUCUGUCGUACAAAAUUCUACCAUCGUACUUCAGCUUCGCCCAAAUCCAGCCGGACGACAACAGCAAAGCCGAGCUGAAUUCGAAAACGCGAGAAAUAGAGGUUAUCAACAAUCCAUUCUUGUUGUCAAGAUCAGAGGCAGAGAGAAUCAAUGUUCCCAAGCCAGAUCCGAGUCUCUCGAAGGUAUCGCCCACUUCUUCGGGGCCCACCACCAUUGCUUCGUCAUUACCUAUUACGACAUCAUUAAGGGAGAACACGCUUCUCAAGGAUGAUGAACGAACAUCUAAUCAGAACGCUUUACAUCUGGGAAAGCUGCUGCCGCUCUCCAACAUCCAGAAACGGGUAGCCUUGCCUGCACCUUAUGUAUUUCCAGUGCCUUACAAAUUCCUUCACAGCUCGCUGCAUCACACCCAGGACUCUCUGGGCCAAUACGAUUACAGUUAUACCGGGGACUCGAGCGCCAAAACCGAAUCCAGGUCGCUUGACGGUACCACUAGGGGAGCUUAUAGUUACAUCGAUCCCAAUGGAAUUCUUCAGCAGGUGCAUUACAUCGCCGAUCACAAUGGAUUCAGAGUCAUGGCAACUAAUCUACCCGAAGCGAAGUGAUAAUCAUGUCGGCACCGUAGAAAAUGUCCCAUGGGGCGUAAGAGUUCAUCGUCGAAGCGCGAUGUAUCAAAUAUUAUAA